AUGCGGUUGGCGCGGUUAGAACUCCAGAGGGCCGGCAAAAACGUCCUGCAAAUCCAGUGCAACAAGUUAGUGAGAGACAUUGGCGAACUGGUUGGCACGAUCUCGAGCGAGGAGUACUUGGGCCAGUUGAAAGACCAUCUUACGAAUCUGCAGACUACACUUAGAGAGGGAGCUUCUAUAGAACCCUUCCUUGCGUGCGUUUCGAGCAUAAAAGACCCAGUGGGACUACCCAAGAAGAAAUCCAUCGCAAGUAGCCUAGACUUUACUGAAGCAAAAGAGAGAACGCCCCAAUUCACAUAUUCCGUCACUGAGACUGAACAAGCCGCCCAGGUUUUGUAUCAAGAGGAACUUCACCGAGAGCAGGAAAUGAAAAUGGAUGAAGGUGUCACGCAGAUUUAUUACUAUCACCAGAUCAAUCCCGGAGAAGAGGUCUAUACCACAGAAGUCGUUGAUACUUCCAUGCAGCAAUAAACAUUUAUACUCUUAUGAUACAUGUAAAUUUUUUUUUUUUUUUUUUAUGCCAUUGGAUAUGUCACAUAUUGAAGAAAAAUACAUGGCAUUGUAAAUUUACAUUAUUUCCUAAACCUGUUAUCUUUAAAUGAAAAACUUCAGUAGAAAAAUAAUGUUACACCAUAAAUAACUGCUGUAGAAACACAGCAAGACAGGCCAUUGUAUAGACUAUAAGAGGAAUAUACAGUGCUGAAUUAAAUCUUUAUUUAUU